CAAAUUAAUUCUAGGUAAUCAUAGGAUUUAGAUCAAAAUACGUUUUACAUGUUAACAGUUUUUUCAUUGUGAGGUGUGAUUGUCUGAACAGCGCGACUGCAAUGAAGACUACCUGGAACGCAACCUAAAUUGCCGACGCAUGUGCAGUGAAUGCACUUCCUAUUCCGCUCAACGCGCUGCGUUUUCUUCUUUAACCAAGCUUAUUUUCAACGUAAAAAAAGUAACCGCGUGUUGGCUCAAGACAAUCCGACGUCAUGAGCUUGUUUGGGACCAGCACUGGGUUUGGCGCAGGGGGAUUCGGAGCGGCAACCACGGACACACACAACCCAAUGAAGGAUGUGGAAGUAACCUCACCCCCAGAUGACAGCAUCAGUUGCUUGGCGUUUAGUCCCCCUGCCAUGCCAGGGAACUUCUUGAUAGGGGGGUCCUGGGCCAAUGAUGUGAGGUGUUGGGAGGUACAGGACAAUGGGCAGACAGUCCCCAAAGCCCAGCAAAUGCACACAGGUCCAGUCCUUGAUGUCUGUUGGAGCGAAGAUGGAAGCAAGGUUUUCACUGCAUCUUGUGAUAAGACUGCCAAAAUGUGGGAUCUCAACAGCAACCAGGCAAUACAGAUCGCACAGCAUGAUGCUCCUAUCAGAACAGUCCACUGGAUCAAAGCCCCCAACUACAACUGCAUCAUGACAGGCAGCUGGGACAAAACUCUGAAGUUCUGGGACACCCGUUCGCCCAACCCAAUGAUGUCCCUGCAGCUGCCGGAGAGGUGCUACUGUGCAGACGUGGUGUAUCCCAUGGCAGUGGUAGCAUCGGCAGAGCGAGGUUUGAUUGUAUAUCAGCUUGAGAACCAGCCGUCCGAGUUCAGGAGGAUAGACUCACCACUCAAACACCAGCACCGCUGCAUAGCCAUCUUUAAGGACAAACAGAACAAGCCUGCUGGAUUUGCUCUUGGGAGCAUUGAAGGGCGGGUCGCCAUUCACUACAUCAACCCUCCUAACCCAGCCAAGGAUAACUUCACCUUCAAGUGCCACAGGUCGAAUGGAACCAACACAACCACACCACAAGACAUCUAUGCUGUGAAUGCCAUCUCCUUCCACCCUGUCCACGGUACACUGGCGACUGUUGGGUCUGACGGUCGCUUUAGCUUCUGGGAUAAAGACGCUCGCACCAAGCUGAAGACCUCGGAGCAGCUGGACCAGCCAAUCACAGCUUGCUCGUUCAACAACAACGGCAACAUCUUUGCCUACGCCUCUAGCUAUGACUGGUCAAAGGGGCAUGAGUACUACAACCCUCAGAAAAAGAACUACAUCUUCCUGCGUAAUGCUACUGAGGAGCUGAAACCUCGGAAUAAGAAAUGAUCUGUCCUGUCUCUCCUGCUGUUUGCAAAAUGGAGGUUUGUCAAACGCACACGUGAUGCCUGCACGACUCUGUUCCUAUCCUGUGCCAACACCAAUGGUGGAGCUGCUGCUUGCAAAAGGACCAAUCACUGGAGGUCUUUCAUCUUCUUGGCAUUGGCCUGGAUCUCUGUCCCAGCCACAUGCAUCCAAAUAGGGGUUGGAGAGUGAGGAGAUGAUAUUGUUUUGUAAUAUCUGAUAUUUUAUUUUCUAUUGUCAGUAGCUAGGUUUCCGUCGAAUUGCUGACAGAUUUUUCAUGUGAAUAUUCUUAAAUCUGCUGAAACUAAAUCUGAAAACAAUGUGUGCAUUUUUCCACCAGAGAUGUUUCCAUCCAAUUGAUUUUUUGUGGGUAGAAGGAUGUGCUUGAUGGCAUAGUGCACAUACAAAUAACGUUUGUGGUUAAAUUCCCAUGUACUAAAUAAAAAUUACAAAUGAAAUGGGUUUCCAUCGCAUUUUCAACUCUUGAUGGUUUUGUCACAAAAAUGUUUGUUAUAUAGCGAAUGUGGCCAUAGGCACGUGCGCUCCAGCUAACAGCAGGCAGAUAGUGUGGGUUUAGCCUACUACUACAGGAUAAGAUUAUUAUGGUCAAAAGAGCAAGAUUAUUUGUAUUUAUCAAACGGCAGCCAAGCAUAGAUCAUGUCACCAGAAUAAGACCCUCAACAUUUAUUGGAAAGUAGCAUCAAAGCUCAUCACCGUGCACUCCCCGCCCUGUGAAGUUUAUCAUAACUUAUUUCAUCGCAUGACUCCCAAGUUUACUUCGUUAUUAUAUCAACAUUUGCGCAUAAAGCAUUUCCACCGCCAUUACUCGCAUAAUUACAUUUACAAAGAAAAUAUGCCACGUCUAGCAUAUUGUUUUGUCGACAUUUUAAAAGUUUACCGACAAAUUUGCUGUUUCCAUCAGGCCUGGCAUUAAAUAUUUUAUCCAACGUACUUUACUCACAUACAGAGUUGGAUGGAAACCUGGUAACUGACACCAUGAUUGCAUGGUGCUCUGUUACAUUGUUGUACAAUUUAAUGACAUUGAAGAAUUAAAUAAAUUAGUAAAUAAAGACAA